AUGAGAUGUAUCCGACCAAGACCCCAGCAGAAUCACCAGGAGAAUGCCUCAACAGAGCCAUGUGAACGGUGCAGACGCACCAACCGGGCUUGCAACAUUCCAAAGGCACGACCUCUUGGAAGAAAGCGAGGGGCAGUUGGUCGUUACCAGGGGUUCGAAAAGGCAUAUCGAAAAAUGCAGGCUGAGCUCAGAAAAAGCAAACCCUCAGGAACUGAGAAUGCCGACGGGAAUUCUCAUCUCAUUUCUGGAGAAAUGCGCAUAUUGGAGCCUUUGGUCCCAAGCCACCCAUCUGAGACAGCCGACCCUGGACAAUCAUCUCCAGCAACGAACCAUGAGAUUCUACACGCCUCCUGUCUUGGUCCAAGUUACCCGACCGUACAGGAUGACGAGUCCCAGAUAGACCUUAUAUCUCAUUCGUUCCGCAAUGGAACUACCAACCAGGCAAACCAGGAACCAACCAGUAAUCCAUUGGCCCUGUUAGCCGAUGCAUCGGAUGCUGCGCAGGUAUUGGAACUUUUUCCAAUGUCUCACAAUAACUUGCCAGGGUUAAACAGUGGAUCCUCUGCGACAGAGCCUCAGACAAGCCAGGUGCAUAGCACAAGUCUGGGCCGUCAAUUGCUUCACCGGCCAGGUUAUGUAUCACUUGGACUAAAAUUGGAUAGAAAGACCCUGGAUCAAGGACUAGAUGCUAUCCUUGCCCCAUCCCCUGUGGUUGAAUCCAGGUACUCAAAUUAUUUCAGCACUGCUCCCCGGGCGCCUCUCCGCGACAUUGGCCCGGAUAUUGACCCGAUCGACCUAGGAUUAGUUACAAUGGAAGAGGCCCACCACUUAUUUCCAAUUUAUUUUGCUCGCCUGCAUCCAGUCAAUGGCAUUCUCGACCCAAUGCUACACACACCCGAAUUCGUUCGUGCUCAAUCGGCACUGUUGUUUACCUGGAUACUGGCUCUAACAGCCCAAUUUGAUCACGAGUCGGCGUCAAUCGCUAAGCGACUGCGGUUUCAUGGGGAGAAACUCUCCAAGCAUGUUCAUACCUCUGGCUACAAAUCAGUGGAGAUUGUCCAAGGAUAUUACAUAUCUUUACUAUCGGCUACUCCUGCAGAAACAUCGGCUCAGGAAAGAUCUUGGCUUUACACAAUGUAUGCCUUUGGUUUAGCAGCCGAAUUAGGGCUGGACCAGGAGUCCUGCGCCGACCACGCGAACUCUCAGAGCCUGUUCAAUGUUUCCCAUAUUGGACCAGACGACAUACCCACAGCGAAACAAAACUCACGAGAAAUCGCAUCAAGUGAUCCUGAGUAUCCUGCAGAACAGUCAAUCUAUUUUCAGCGAUUAUCACGAAAUCGCGAAAGAACAUGGCUCAGGAUUCUCUUAUGGGAACGAGCAAACUCUGCAGCGUGUGGUCGGAUACACACUUUCCCAGAGACCGAUUUAACACACAAUAUCGAAGGAUGGUGGCUACACCCCCUGGCUGAUUCAACCGACAAGCACACAUGUGCGUUCAUCACGCUGAGACAGAGUUUAGCCGCGCUGCACAGUAACCUCCGAUAUCAAGCGGAAAUGGAGCAUGUAAAUCCUCACUGGGUACGAGGGCUAGUUGACUCAAGUAUGCAACCUUGGUGUGAUCUAUGGCUUCCACGAUCUGGCCUUGAGCAUAUUCAGUCAUCAUCGGAAAUACUGUCCAAUAUCUUCCUUCGCUACGUGUAUUAUCAUGGUAGGCUUUGGACCUUGUCAUUCGCCCUACACGGUUCCAUCAAUCGUGGUCAUCACCUGGAUUCCGUCCGAACAGACUGCUUUGAAGCUGCCGUGAGUUGUUGUGAGAUAGCAGUACAUGACUUGGACGCCAUCGGGGAGCCAUUGUACUGCAUGCUUGCUCCUACUUGGGCAAUGAUAUCUUAUGCCGGUGUGUUAGCACUACGACUAUUUCCUGUUCUCUACGGGCCCCGUGUUGGAAAUGAGGUAGAACUUCUUGCCCUACUUGGCCAAGUUGCCAUGCAUCUUGAGCGUGCAGGCAAAACACCGUCGCAUCGCUUUGGGAUUGCUGCGCUGCUUGGACAGCACCUAAUGAGAAUAUUGAAGGCUAGGGCGAUAUGGAUCACGGACUCGACAUCUCCUGACCAAACCGAAGGCUCGUGUAGCAGAAGCUACGUUGACAGCCAAAAAUCAUUCAUACCACCACAUUCUCCCCGUGUGCGGGCUCACGAGGCCCUGGUUUCGGAGCAUGAUCCAUUCUUGACGACGGCAUCUUUGUCUACCCAAGGUGAUUUGACAGGUGAAAGCUUUGCUGGGAUCUUCAAAGACAUGUUUGGACCUGGCUUCAGUGGUGUAUUCUAG